AGUAUACUUUAAUCCAUUUCUAGCUUUAACUAGUUUAAUUCAUUUAUAGCACUCUAUCCCUUUAUAUACUAACUUUACCUACAUUUAUUCUUCAAUACUACUCUAUUCCUUUACUAGCUUUACUGAGAUCAAUCUUACUCCAGUGUUUUAAUCCUUUACUAGCUUCACUGAGAUCAAUCUUACUCCAGUGUUAUAAUCCUUUACUAGCUUUACUGAGAUCAAUCCUACUCCAGUGUUAUAAUUCUUUACUAGCUUUACAGAGAUCAAUCCUACUCCAGUGUUAUAAUUCUUUACUAGCUUUACUGAGAUCAAUCUUACUCCAGUGUUAUAAUCCUUUACUAGCUUUACUGAGAUCAAUCCUACUCCAGUGUUAUAAUCCUUUACUAGCUUCACUGAGAUCAAUCUUACUCCAGUGUUAUAUUCCUUCACUAGCUUUACAGAGAUCAAUCCUACUCCAGUGUUAUAAUUCUUUACUAGCUUUACAGAGAUCAAUCCUACUCCAGUGUUUUAAUCCUUUACUAGCUUUACUGAGAUCAAUCUUACUCCAGUUUUAUAAUCCUUUACUAGCUUUACUGAGAUCAAUCUUACUCCAGUGUUAUAAUCCUUUACUAGCUUUACCGAGAUCAUUAGCACUAUAAUCCUCUACUAAUCUUUCUUGCAACUUCGAUUCUUUAAUCCUUUAAUAUUACUUUAAUCCAAGUACCAUAUUCUUCAGCCCUGAGCUGAGUACUGAAAGUUCAUAUUCUCAACGUAGUUUGAAUGAAGGAUGUUAGGAUGGUUCGGAGCUUACUCCUCUUCUCUACAAUCCUAUUAAUUUUGAAUUGUAAAGGAGAGAAUGUGGAAGAUUAUGAUUAUGAUGAAACUGACCCAAAUGAUGAAGAAACCAGCAACAAGGAUAAGGAUGAACACGAAGAUGAGACUUCGUAUGAAGAUAUGAGGGAUGAGAGGGAAGAAAAUGAUGAUGACGGGAGUGGAUUAGGUUAUUAUGAGUAUGAUUACUCCAUGUCUGAUGAGAACCAGGGUUCAGCUGAGUACUAUCAACAGUAUGAAGAUGGUCCGAAGUAUGAUGAGAGUGAACUAGAAUAUAUUCCCGAGAUUACAAGCAGACCUGAGAAUAUUAUUAUUAAACCAUUAGAAUCUGUUUCCUUCCCUUGUCAGGCCCAGGACGCGGAUAAGUUUGUCAGGGUUUGGUUAAAGAACGGAGAAAUGUUGUUUACUGGUAAUAUCAGGCUUACUGAAGAUUCAAGGUUCUCACUCUCAGAAAAGAAUACGAGCUUGGUGUUGGUUAACUCAACUACAGAGGAUUCUGGAGUAUAUGAAUGCAGGAUAAUGGUGAAACAGAGUUUAUCUGUUCAGCACAGAUUACAGGUUACAGAGACAUUCUCUAUAAAGUCCGAUCCCCCUGAAGGAGUUAUUAUGGUUCCUAUUCACGGAGCAACUGAGUUCGGUUGCAUUGUUAUUGGAGGUUCAAAUUCUUCAACCUUAUCCUGGAGCAGGGAUAAUAUUAGGUUCAGGGACGGAUCGUAUUCAGUUUCUGGAUCCAGGUUGAAGUUAGAAAACGUGACACUAGAGGACUCUGGAUACUACUACUGUACAACUCAGGACUCCAACGGAGUAGUGAAGGCAGCAUCCGUCCAUCUCCAGGUUCUAUCUACUCCUGUUAUCCUGGAGCUGAGCAAGAACGUUCUUCAGUCUGGGAAAGGUCUGGUUCUGGAGAUAAGUUGCUCUGUCAAAGGAGAUCCUAAACCUAAGGUCAAUUGGUACAAGAACGGAGAAACUAUUUUAGAAUCUGGACGGAUUGAGGUAGGAGAGGCAGGUACCCGGAGUAUACUAAUUAUCCGAGGGUUCCAGGAUGGAGAUUAUGGAACCUAUGUCUGCUAUGCUAGGAACCUGCUCGGGAACCUACAGCAGAGUAUUCAGGUUCUACAGGCAGACAGGGAUAAUAUCAAACAAACAAACACUGGAACAGGUGGUGAAGGUCUAGAGGGAGUAAAGGAAGGGAUUCGGAUUCUAAGGAAGAGUAUUGAGAAGGAUCAUAAAACCAUGCUAAACUUCCGGAGACGGAUAGAGAAAGAAAUAGAGAUGAUUAAAGAAAACCAAGGGAACCUCAGUCUACCGGUAAAACGGACACAGAAUUCGUUCGACAAAGCAAUUCUAUCAGAUAUAGGUAGGAUUAAACAAUACUAUCAGAUAUAGGUAGGAUUAAACAAU